UCUUCGUUUUUGCUAGGGGUUAAAAACGUGAAAAAGUUGAAAAAACCAUAAUUGUGCGAAACAUAUGUAUGAAACAGAGAUUGGAUAAAACACGUUCAUUAUAUUAUAAAAGAUAAAUUAAGACAAGUGAUGUACAAAAGGAGAAAAUCGUUUAAAACUUUAUUAACCGAUAGUGAAGCAGAAGUGCUGCAAUUUUCCUAUCAAGAGUCUUGUUGAAUAUACAAAUACAACCGGCAAGUUAUGGCGACGCCGGCAGUGAAGGAAUCAUUUCGUGAACGUCAAAUUCAUGAAUUAGAAGUGAUAAAGGCGAUUUUCGGCAACGAUGUUGAGGUAUUACGUCCCAGCUGUGACACAGAUACGCCAGCUGCGCAAUGGAAACCAACUGAAAUCCGCAUAUCGUUGACGCCAUUGCGCGACUCUUCUAAUGAACAUACAGAGGCGUAUGCGCGCACAAAGCUGCACAUUAUCUGCCCGUCAAAAUACCCAAAAGUCGCACCUAAAAUAUUGUUGGAAGAUUCAAAAGGUCUCUCCGAUCAGCUUGUGGUGGAGUUGCUGCAGCAGCUACAACAGCAAUCUGAAGAGUUACGGGGCGAAGUUAUGAUUUAUGAGCUGGCGCAAACCGUGCAAUCAUUUCUAUCAAAACACAAUAAGCCGCCACGAGGUUCCUUUUAUGAUGAAAUGUUACAAGAAAAUCAAAAACGUGAAAAAGAACGUAUCGACAUGCAGAAGCGCAAAGAAAAAAUAGAGAGGCAAACAUUGUUCGAAGAGGUUGAGCGCCGCAAAGAAAUGUUUAAGAGCGAAGCCAAACGUCGAGGUGAAGCACGUCGUAGUAUGAGCGAAUCAAAUUACCAUGCCAGCUCAUCGGAAAGUUCCGAGAAUUCGUCGCCAUACUAUCGUGGACACUGUUAUCCCAACAAAUGCUUAAAGCAUCGCAAUAGUGAAAAACUAUAUUUCCAUAGAGUUGGACGCCAAGUACAAAGAGGUUGUUGUUUAGGACACUCACAAAAAGGCUGUGUCGCAUAUACUGGCAUUGAUUUGGACACUGGGCAACUACUAUAUUUAACCGAAUGGACCAUAAAGUAUACGCAAUUAGAACAAAAAUGUGGAAAUGGUGGACACUGUUCCUGGCUGGCCACAGAGCCAAAAUGUAAUGGAAACCAUCGCGUGGAUGACGUUAUAUCCUCUAUCGAAAAGCAAGUAGCUACGCUCUCGCAGUUACAUCAUAAAAAUCUUAUACAAUACGAAUGUGUGUUAUGUAUCAAACGAAAAGAGGGACUAAUUGUUUAUCUCGUGCAAGAUUUUUUGCUAGGCACCAGCGUGUUGAAUAUAUCUUCCAGUCUGGGUUGGUGUUUAGAAGGAGUACGAAUGGUAGCACGCGGUGUACUUGACGCGCUGGUUUUUCUGCACAAUAAGGGCGUAUCACACAGCCACCUUAUGGAUAGCACAAUAUUUAUGGACAAUACAGGAACUUUGCGCUGCACAGACUUUUCGCUUGUACCCAAUUUGCUUGAAUUAGUUGGCGGUGUAGGACAGCGUUCAAUGCAUGGCGAUUUACCAGCUUUGGGAGCGCUCAUCGAAAGUCUCAUGCCAUCCCAUACAUAUGAGAUGCGAGAUUUUAUCGACAAGUGCAAUUCUGACCGCACGCUCUCUGCUUCUGAACUUCUCGAUCAUCCAUUCUUGCAUUCAUCUUUGCUCGGACAGGACGAUAAAGCUCUUGCACUCGCUAUAACACAACAAACCCAGCGUCGAACUUCCGGCGGUACACCUGGUGUCCCAAUAAAAAGUACAAAACCGACGCGAGAACGACUAGAUCGCCAACCGAAGCAUCUGCCGGUUGCCUUGUCUGUCAUACCUUUAAUGCCUAUGAGCCAGUCUAGGUUGCGGAAUGAAUUUGAGGUGAUAACCUAUUUAGGAAAAGGUGCAUUUGGAGAUGUGUUGAAAGUACGUAAUAUAUUAGAUAACCGUCAGUAUGCUUUAAAGCGUAUUCCACUGCCAGCUCGUAGUCGUCAACUCUAUAAGAAAAUGACCCGAGAAGUCGAAUUGCUAUCUCGUUUGAAUCACGAAAAUGUUGUACGAUAUUUCAACAGUUGGAUAGAAAGUGUAACCGAAGCGGAUGAAGAAGAAAUGGAAAAAUUGUUAGGGGAUGAAGUGUCAGCCAGCAACGAAAUCAGCUUUAAGCCGCCACCGUCACCCCAACUUGGUUUACCCAUAAAAGAUGAUGAAGACAGCUCGUCCAGCAUAUGGAGUGGCUGUGUACCAACUGCAGAUGAUUCUGACUCCGAUGGUAUUGAGUUUGUUGACUCCAAUGGCGAAAUUGUCAAUUACGAUGAUGAUGAUGACGACGAAGAAGAUGAGCCAUCUAGGCAAGUCUCCAAAACAUUUUCGCCUAAACCUAUGCAAGUUAUGUAUAUUCAAAUGGAGUUCUGUGAGAAGUGCACACUGAGAACUGCCAUUGAUGAUAAUUUAUAUGAGGAUACUGAGCGUCUUUGGCGUUUAUUUCGGGAAAUCGCUGAGGGUUUAUCUCACAUCCAUCAACAAGGUAUUAUACAUCGCGACUUGAAGCCGGUAAAUAUAUUUUUGGACUCACAUGAUCAGAUAAAAAUUGGAGAUUUUGGGCUUGCAACAACCAGUUUCUUAGCGCUGCAAAGCCAACAAGAACAAGCUUCUCAUCAAUACUCCAUUCAAGUUGCUUCUAUAGAAGAUGGUACAGGCACUGGUAAAGUAGGCACAACGCUGUAUGUAGCGCCUGAAUUAACUGGUAAUGCUUCUAAAUCUACGUACAGUCAAAAAGUUGACAUGUACACCUUGGGUAUUAUACUUUUUGAAAUGUCACAACCACCGUUCCAAACGGGCAUGGAGCGUGUACAAACAAUAGUCGCGCUACGCACCACCGCCAUUGUGAUACCCGACGCCAUGCUAAGCGAUAAUCGUUAUGAAAAAACUGUGAAGAUUUUACGCUGUCUUCUAAAUCACGAUCCGGCGCAACGCCCCACCGCCGAGGAAUUGCUAUCCUCAGACCUGGUGCCGCCCGCGCAGCUUGAAGCGAAUGAACUUCAAGAGAUGUUGAGACAUGCGCUUGCAAAUCCCCAAAGCAAAGCUUACAAACAUUUGGUAGCCCGUUGUCUGCAGCAGCAGAGUGAUGAACUUCUUGAAUAUACCUACCAUUUGGGUAGUAGUCGCAAUAUGAAAUCAUGGAAUUCGCCAAUCUCAUUAGAUGGUUUAGUUUCAUUGAAUCCAAUUUUUGAAUUUGUCAAAGCAAAAGUUGUGGCACUGUUUCGCAAACAUGGUGCAAUCGAAGUGGACACACCACUGCUGUCGCCGCUUUCUAAACAUACGAAUCCCUGGAACAAUCCUGUGCGACUCAUGACACACUCCGGCUGUGUAGUGGUGCUGCCCAGCGAUUUGCGCACUGAGUUCGCACGUCACAUAACCAUGAAUGGAGUGAAUAUGAUACGCCGCUACUGUGUAGAUCGAGUCUACCGCGAGGAGAAGGUCUUCAAUUUCCAUCCCAAACAGAGCUACGAAUGUGCUUUCGACAUAAUAACACCGUAUGCCAGUAGCCCGCUGGUUGAUGCCGAAUUGCUAUCGCUUGCCUAUGAAAUCACCAAUGAAAUACCGCGAUUGCGCGAAAAAAACAUGCGCAUACGCAUGAAUCAUACACAUCUGCUUCGCGCCAUACUGAUCUACUGUAAUGUACCUAAGUCUUCGUACACCGAUUUGUUUGCGAACAUAGCUGAUUUCAUAGAAGGCCGUAUAUCUAAAUUUCAAUUCCACUCAAGCGUGACUGUGAUCAUGGAGAAGUCACGUUCCUCCGCUUCGGCGCUAAUUGACUUAUUGCUGGCAAAUUUUUUGAUGAGUGGCACCAGAAGCAAUGUCGACGAUUCGUCGUUGAAAUCGCUCGUACGUGGUAAAGGUGAAGCGGCUUCACUGGCUAAGAGCGCGCUGCGGGAGUUGGAAGCAAUUGUAAGCUUGGCACAGAGUCUGGGCGUUACAUGUCCGAUACACAUUUUCGCUGGUUUGCCCAUCAGCUUCGAUCGCGCCAGCGGUGGUGGAGUUGUGUGGCAAUUGAUCGCUGAUCUUAAACCCAAUCGCAGCACUAACUCCUCGGUGCUGGCAAUGGGUGAGCGUUACGACACAAUGUUGAAUGAGUUCCAGAAGCAGGCGCAAGGAUUCAAUCAAAACAUACCAGGUCGUGUCAUUAGCGGCGCUGGACUAUCCUUUUCGCUCGACAAAUUGGUCGCUGCCAUGGAUGUCGACUACGUCAAAGAUUGUCGUGCCAUAGAUGUAGGUGUGUGCGUGAACGGCACCCGCCCGCCGUUAAAAUAUGUCACCGAUAUAAUGCGUUUACUGUGGUCAGCAAACAUCCGCUGCUGCAUAGUAGAGUCGGCUACCGGUGCAGGCGAUGAAGCCCAAGAUUUGGCCAAGUUGGGCGCAUUGCAUGUAAUUCUUGUGGCGGAAAAUGGCGCGCUGCGCAUAUGUUCGUGGGAACGGGAUCGCUUUCAGGAACGGCAUGUGACGCGAGCCGAACUUAUCGACUUCAUACGUAAAUUGCGACCCGAAGUGCACUAUACCCAUGCCAUUGACUAUGUGAGUCAGAUAUCGAAUAAUAGCGCCGGAGGCAAUACGUCCUAUAGUGGCGGUAGUAAUUUUGGACGCGGCGAUGGCCUGAUGACAUCUGCGUCAAGCGCAGGCAUAAAAAGCGGUUAUAACCCCAGCCAAUGGCCUAACGUGCAGGUGGUGUUUGUGGUGCAUGACAAGUUAACGGCCAACUUGAAGAGGCGCUAUGAAAAUCAGGUUACGCAGCAGAUGUCUAUGACGCUGUCACAGUUCUCGAAAAAGGAAAGUGUGCUUGUGCUGGUAGUGGAGUUGCCACCAGUGACGGUCAAUGCUAUCGUGGGUGCAAUAAAUCCGCGCGAAGCAGAUAAAAAGGAGACUGAAGUUGAAAUCAACAAUGUGAUAGAAAGGUUUCCUAAGUUCAAACGGUAUAUAACCGAAAUAACCGAUGAGAUCAUCGAUUACCUAACCGGCGACAAAGCAUCCAUAGUUGCCUUGUAUACCAUUUCGGACUCAUACUAUCGUGUAAUCAUAUGAUCAUCACUCACAACAGCCCCGGCAUACCGUCUUUUACAUCUUCAUUCAAGAAAAAUUGGCCACUUAUUUAUUUUAUUAGAAAAAAUCUUGA